AUGAUUGUCGUAAUAUCACUUGCAGUACUUUUUCUCCUUUUUAUCAUCAAUUAUGAGCUAAAAAGACAACAAAAGUUAAAAUUAUUCAAACAUAUUCCGGGUCCGAAGGAUUAUCCGAUUGUUGGAAAUUUAUUCACCCUUCGACCUGAUCAAUGUUCAGACCUGGAAAAACUCGCUGAUGUCUUCAAUAUCGCUCCAAUUUGCAAAUUUAUCUUUUUCAACCAAGUUUAUAUCUCGACAAGUGAUCCAAUAGUCAUCCAAAACAUUCUUACAAGUCCACACUUCCAUAAGAGACCAGCAUUUGUGAAAUUUUUCGAGAUGGAAAAUGCACUUUUUACAACAAAAUAUGAAAUUUGGAAGCCAUUACGGAAACAAUUGAAUCCCGCCUUCAACCAAAAGUCAAUACUUUCCAUGCAGCCCAUGAUGAAUGAGCAUAUAACGAAAUUUGCGGAGGAAAUUGGCUCGCAUGUCGGUAAAGAAGCUUUUGAUGUUGCUCCCUUGAUAGGAAGAUUCGAAGUUGCACAAAUGUUUAAAACGAUGCUCGAUUUCGACUUCGUCCCCGAUGACGAACUUGUCAAUUCCAUUUCGGAAGCAACUGAAUGUAUAAGUCAAAGAUGCGCAAAUCCCUUUCUUUGCUUGGAUUUUUUUUACAAACGGUCAGCUCUUGGCAAAAAAAUGCGAAGAGCUCACAAUGCUGCGAACAAAGCUGUGCGUUCCUUUGUUUUGCCCAAUUUUGAGGAGCGAAGGAAAUUGGCGCAACAAAAGGAAUCACGAUCUCACAUGAAUCUCCUCGAUUAUUUGCUCGUUACGAAAAAGGAUGGAAGGUUCCUGACUUAUGACGAAAUUGAAGAAAAUAUUAAGACCAUGUUUAUGGCUGCCAGUGAUACAUCAACACACACAAUUGCGUUCACUUUGUUGAUGCUCGCCAUGCAUCCCGAUAUCGAUCGAAAGGUUUACGAAGAGAUUUCGAGUGUUUAUCAACCGGGAGAUGCUUUAGAUGCGGAAAUUGUCAAGAAAAUGACGUACUUAGAUAUGAUUGUGAAGGAAACUUUGCGACUUUUUGCCAUUAUACCAGCUUCGAUGCGCGAAAGUUUGGUCGACACGCAUGUUGGUGAGUAAGUUUUACUACUUUUUUGAAUUUUCACUGCAAAAAUUCAUUCUAGAUAACA